CUUAGCUGGGAUGUUCAGGAAACCGCAGGUCUCUUUUAUAGCUGGUGAGAAUGGGGAGCCAGGUUGGGUUUGACUGGGGUGCACAGGUGUCAGACCUUGAGUGACAGCUGGGGCUCUGGACCUCUAAUCUGUGGUUGCUGGGAAGUAGGGAAGGUUUGAAACAGAAGAGAAGGUGUUGUGUCGGAGAUUUUAACAAAUUCCCUUUGGCUGCAGAGGGGAAGACAGAUGGGCAGGGAGGGGAUUGUAAGUGAAAUGCUGGCGGCAGUCCAGGUAAGCGAUGUGGCAGCGGCUGCCCAGGACCGGUGGCCAUGCAUGUAGAGGAGCCGUUGGUUUCUGAAUGUGUGUUAAACAGCACUCCUCAUAUUUUGAGAUGUGGAGACUCGGGUUGAUGAGGAAGUGGGCUAGUGGGAAGAGUCAGGGAUGCCCCCAGCUUUUGGCCUUGUUAGGAAGGAUGGAUGCUUGAACUAAAACGGAGGAAGUCCGUGGUAGGAAUUUGCAAGGGGAACGUGAAGAGUCAGUUUCUGUCUGUCACAGAAGUCCCAGAAAUUCCAAGGAAAGGUGUCAGAGCCGUGUGGUCUUGGAGGACGUGGCCAUCUGUUUCUCCCAGGAAGAGUGGGGCCUCCUUGAUGAAGCUCAGCGUUUUCUGUACCACGCCGUGAUGCUGGAGACCUGUGCACUUCUGUCCUCCGUGGGUUGCUGGCACGGAGCCCAGGACGAGGAGUCCCCUUCAGAGCAAGGUGAUCCUAUAGGAGGGUCACAGGUCAGGACUUUAACUCCAGGCCCACCCACCCAGAAGUCCCAGCCCUGGGAGUUGUGUGGCCUACUCUGGAAAGACCUUUUGCGCUUGGCUGAACAUGGUGGAAUGAACCCUUACCAAGAGUUAUCUGUUUGUGGGGCAGACCUGCACCAGCACCAAAAGGAGCAGAUUGAAGACAGAUUUUCCAGAAGGGAUGAGGGGAGUCCUUCCUUUCCAGUGAACGACAGCGUUCGCGUGGCAGGGAGUAGCUUCACAUGCAGCAGAGGCCUUCUCCAGCACCUGACCCCUCACCAUGCGCUGAAACCAGACAGGGACACUGAGCAUGGGGAGACCUUUGAAGCUGGACAAAAUGAUUACAAGUGCACUGAGUGUGGGAAAGCCUUCAGCCAAAAACAGGUCCUUGCCAAUCACCAGAAGAUCCACACUGGAGUAAGACCUUAUGAAUGCAGCAAAUGUGGGAUGGCCUUCAUUAGAAAGUUUCACCUUGUUCAGCACCAGAAAAUUCACACCGGAGAAAGGCCUUUUAAGUGCAAUGAAUGUGGGAAACUCUUUAGGUACAACUCCACACUCAUUAGUCACCAGAGAGUUCACACUGGAUUAAGCCCUUAUGAGUGUAGCAAAUGUGGGGAGUUCUUUAAGUACAACGCCAACUUCGUGAAACAUCAGAGAAUCCACGAUGGAGAAAGGCCUUACGAAUGCAGAGAAUGUGGAAAAUUCUUUAGGUACAACUAUCGAUUGAUACGACAUGAGAGAGUUCAUACUGGAGAAAGGCCUUAUGAAUGCAGCGAAUGUGGGAAAUUUUUCAGGUACAGCUCCACAUUCAUUAGACACCAGAGAGUUCACACUGCAGAAAAGCCUUAUGAGUGCAGUGAAUGUGGAAAAUUCUUUAGGUACAAUUCCACACUCAUUAAACAUCAGAGAGUUCACACUGGAGAAAGGCCUUAUGAGUGCAGUGAGUGUGGGAAAUUCUUUAGGUAUACCUCCACACUCAUUAGACAUCAGAGAGUUCACACUGGAGAAAGGCCCUAUGAGUGCAGCUUAUGUGGCGAAUUCUUUAGGUACAAGUCCAAGCUCAUUAAGCAUUGGCAGAGUCACACUGGAGAGAGGCCUUAUGAGUGCAGCGAAUGCGGGAAAUCCUUUAGGUACCACUGCAGACUCAUUAGACAUAAGAGAGUUCACACCGGAGAAAGGCCUUAUGAGUGCAGUGUCUGCGGGAAAUUCUUCCGGUAUAACUCCAAUCUCAUUAAACAUUGGAGAAAUCACACUGGAGAGAGGCCUUACGAGUGCAGCGAAUGUGGGAAAGCCUUCAGCCACAAGCAUAUACUUGUCGAGCAUCAGAAAAUCCACACUGGGGAAAGGCCAUAUGAGUGCAGCAAAUGUCAGAAGGCCUUCAUUAGAAAGUCCCACCUCGUUCAUCACCAGAAAAUCCACAGUGAAAACAGGUCUGUGAGCACUUUAAAUAUGGGGAAAUCUUGAGAUACAACUUGAAGCCACUGACCAGAGAAUUCCAUUGGCAAACUCAGGAGUGCGGAGAAUAGAGUGAAGCUUUAGGCACAACUCUAAACUUAGUACCCAGAGGAGCGCCUUAUGAGGACAGCGGAUAUGCAGUAUGGUUUUGGUACAGCUUGCCACUCAUUAGGCAUCAAGAGGUCAUGGGAAGAAGACUUCUGAGGGCCGUCAGUGCGUAGCCUUAGCACAACUCCAGCCUCAUUACACAUCAGAGAAUUCACGAUGGAAAAAGACCCUAUUUGUGCAGCAGACAGAGGCCUUUGUUCAUCUCAAACUCCAACCUUGUUCCUCACCAAGAAGUUCACACUGCGCCAAAGAGCAUUGCAGAGGGGGAAAGACUUCAGCCAAAUAUCUGCUCUGACCUGUCCUGCUGAAAGACACUUCAUUUCACAUUUAUGUUGGGGCAAAGUGCAUGUAGCAGUUUACCCUGUCUUUGAAUCGCACAGUUUAGUAGUUUCAAAAAUUCACAUAUUUAUACAACUAAUUUCCAGAAUUCCCUUCAUCUGGCAAAACUGAAACUGUAUCCAUGGAGCAGCUCCUCCUUCCCCUCCUGACCACCCCCGGCGGCUGUGGUUUUACACCCCGUCUCUGUGAACUUGACUGCUCCAGAUACUAUAUGUCAGUGGAAUCAGACAGUAUUGGUCUUUUUGAGACUGGCUUGUUUUUCUUGGCUGGAUUUCUCCAUUUGUCCAGCAUUUCCUUCUCUGAGCAUUUCCUUCUGUUUUGAGAAGGGAUCAGAGUUAACAAACCUAAGAUACAGGGAAGGGUGUUGAUGGAGUCAGUACAACUUUGCCAGAUGUUAUAUGAUUUCCAGAGGAAGAGGAGAUCCAGAUUUUAUAUGGAAUCUUUAUUUCUAAACAGCUUUAUGGAGGUAUUGACAUAAACUACAUUUAUUAAAAGUGCAAACUAUAUAUAUUUUUUAAGAUUUUAUUUAUUUAUUUGACAGAGAGAUCACAAGUAGAUGGAGAGGCAGGCAGAGAGAGAGAGAAAGAGAGAGAAGCAGGCUCCCUGCUGAGCAGAGAGCCCGAUAUGGGACUCGAUCCCAGGACCCCGAGAUCAUGACCUGAGCCGAAGGCAGCGGCUUUAACCCACUGAGCCACCCAGGUGCCCCAAACUAUAUUUUCUUAUAUGUGUGCACAGUGGGAGCAUCACUGGAGUCACCAUGACUGAUCCAUAGGCCCUGUAGUUUCCAUUAGCCCCAUUUCUAUUCUCUCUCCCAGCCCUACCCACUUGCCAGCCCUGGGUGGCACUUCAGUUUGCAUUUGCUAGAAUUUUAUAUAAAGGGUAUCCAACAGUUAACUCCUAAAUAGCUGUUUUCACUAAGUGCAUAUAUGUAUUUUUAGUAUUAUCCAUGUUGUGUGUGCAAAAGUGUGGCAUUCAAUAACAAGCAAGGCUCUGUGGCAUAUGUUAGAGCCACAUUGUCUAUACAACAAAGGUGAUCAUCACUGAGUGAAAGAGUUGUUUAGAAUGGGAGGGUGAGGGGCGCCUGUGGGGCUCAAUCAUUCAGUGCUUGCCUUCCGCUCAGGUCAUGAUCCAAGGAUCCUGGGAUCGAGCCUUGCAUCAGGCUCCCUGCUCAGCAGGAAGCCUGCUUCUCCCUCUCCCACUCGUCCUGCUUGUAUUCCCUCUCUUGCUGUGUCUCUGUCAAAUAAAUAAAUAAAUCUUAAAAAAAAAAAAAUGGGAAAGUGAAGUUUAAAGUAAAUUUAAGUUCAGUUUCAUAUUAAUUCAUUUUCAAAAGUUUUUGAACCAUCUGAACCACCUUUCUAGAAAAUUCUUGUUUGGCCUUUUUUCUACCAGUGUUUUUAAGCUAUGUCUUUGUAUCAUAAAAAUUCUUACAGUAUUUAAAAAAAACAUUUGUUAUUGUAUAAAACACACAUAAAGUUUAUCAACUUGU